AACCACACAAAGUCACAACUCUCAAUCUAGUUGUGAAAUUACCAUUUAGAGCAAGCUUCAAUUAUUUCUGGGUCUUGUCCCUUUUCUUCCUCUCGCGUUGAUCGUGGCUGCUACUCCUGCAAUAAUCAACCAAGAGGAAAAGCAAAGAGCAUCUUUGUCGUAUAUACUGGAAUGAAUUAUUGAGCUGAUUCUAUUCCUACUUCCUAUUAUUUCAUACUUUCCCGUCAGUUGGACCUUGGUGGAGUGUUUUGACUUACCAGACUGACGAUCCAAUCACAAGCCUUUGGAUGAUCUUUGGGAUUUUCUGCUGAAGGCGAUUUCAUUACUGCUUGUUUAGUACUUCUGCUAAAGGUUCUAGCAAAAACUGAAAAGUGCAGUUGUUAAUAAGAUGGAGAACGAAAAUUAUGUGAAUCUUGAUGAUGAUGCGAAUGACAUAGAAAACGAAGGUCCAUUGGAUGGGAAGGACAAUGGGAGAUACUGGUCAGAGUUUUCUGAAAGAAACAUGACAUAUGCAGAGCCACUUCUGGUGAGGAGAACUAACACCACCUCUCAGAUUGCAAUAGUUGGUGCUAACCUUAGCCCGAUCGAAAGCCUUGACUACGAGAUUUUUGAGAAUGAAAUAUUUAAGCAGGACUGGAGAUCAAGGAACAAGAUUCAGAUAUUCCAGUAUGUGAUACUUAAGUGGGGAUUUGCUGCUCUUAUUGGAUUAGGCACUGGGAUUGUUGGUUUUCUCAAUAAUAUUGCAGUUGAGAAUAUAGCUGGUUUCAAGCUGCUCCUAGUAACCAAUCUAAUGUCUGAACACAGAUAUAUUCUGGCAUUUGUAGUAUUAGCUGGUUGCAAUAUAGGCUUGGCAGCGGCAGCUGGAUCUCUUUGUGCUUUUAUUGCUCCAGCAGCAGCAGGCUCUGGUAUUCCUGAGGUGAAAGCCUAUCUCAAUGGUAUUGAUGCUCACUCUAUACUGGCCCCAAGCACUCUUUUUGUGAAGGUUUUGGGUGCCAUCCUUGGAGUUUCUGCUGGAUUUGUCGUGGGCAAAGAGGGGCCUAUGGUACACACGGGUGCAUGCAUUGCUUCCUUGUUAGGGCAGGGUGGAUCUCGCAAGUAUCGCUUGACUUGGAAUUGGCUAAGGCAUUUCAAAAAUGAUCGGGACCGGCGAGACAUGAUUACUUGUGGUGCUGCUGCUGGUGUUGCAGCUGCAUUUCGUGCUCCAGUAGGCGGUGUUCUCUUUGCUCUUGAAGAGGCAGCUACAUGGUGGCGGAGUGCUCUCCUUUGGAGGACAUUUUUCACUACAGCAGUAGUUGCUAUUGUUUUGAGAGCUGGAAUUGAGUACUGUGCCACCGGAAAAUGUGGGCUAUUUGGUGAAGGUGGUUUGAUAAUGUACGAUGUCAGUGCAGCCAAAGUAACAUACAGUGGUGCUGAUAUAUUAGCGGUGUUACUCCUAGGAAUCCUCGGAGGCAUUCUUGGAAGCAUAUAUAAUUACUUUGUGGAUAAGGUUGUUCGUGCAUAUAGCAUCCUGAAUGAAAAAGGUCCAGGUUUCAAAAUUUUCAUUGUGGUCACAAUUUCACUUUUGACAUCAUGUUGUGCUUAUGGCCUACCAUGGUUGGCAAAAUGCAUCCCCUGUCCCGAUGAUCCGAUGGUGAGCUGUCCCACUAUUGAUGAGUCUGGCAACUACAAGAGUUUUCAAUGUCCAUCAGGAUAUUACAAUGAUCUCGCUUCUCUUUUUCUAAACACCAAUGAUGAUGCUAUUCGGAACCUAUUCAGCACCAGGACAUUCAAAGAAUUCCACAUCUCCAGCCUGUUUAUCUUCUUUGUAACUAUUUACUUUCUUGGGGUAGUCACUUAUGGUAUUGCUAUUCCAUCAGGGCUUUUCAUUCCUGUGAUAUUGGCGGGUGCAGCAUAUGGCCGGCUUGUAGGGAGACUAUUUGAGACGAUCUCCAAACUUGAUACUGGAUUAUACGCCCUCCUCGGAGCUGCCUCCUUCCUUGGUGGCACCAUGAGAAUGACAGUUUCCCUUUGUGUUAUAUUGCUAGAACUCACCAAUGAUCUCUUGUUACUCCCUCUUGUGAUGUUGGUCUUGCUGGUCUCAAAAACCGUGGCUGAUAGCUUUAACAAGGGUGUCUACGAUCAAAUACUGAAGAUAAAGGGACUUCCAUAUAUGGAGGCCCAUGCAGAACCUUAUAUGAGGAAUUUAGUUGCACGUGAUGUUGUCUCUGGCCCGCUAGUUACCUUCUCUGGGAUUGAAAUGGUAAGGAAUAUACUAGAUGCUCUGAAAACCACAGGGCAUAAUGGGUUUCCGGUCAUCGAUGAACCACCAAUCUCAGAUGCACCGGAAUUGUGUGGGCUUGUUCUUAGGUCUCAUCUGCUAGUGCUAUUGAAGGGGAAGAACUUCUCAAAAGACAGGGUGCUUACAAGUCGAAACUUCUUACAAAGAAUUUCUGCAUUAGAUUUUGCAAAGGCAGGAUCAGGGAAAGGAAUCAAACUAGAGGAUCUGGAAAUUGAAGAGGAAGAGAUGGAUAUGUAUGUUGAUCUCCACCCCAUUACCAAUGCAUCCCCAUACACGGUGGUCGAGACCAUGUCACUCGCUAAAGCUGCUAUUCUUUUCCGCCAACUUGGUCUUAGGCACAUGUGUGUGGUCCCAAAGAGUCAAGGGCAUGUUUUCCCCUCUCAGUUUACAAAGCUCAAACUCGAGACUUCAUAGACCUCCAGUUGUUGGGAUUCUGACACGCCAUGACUUCAUGGAGGAGCAUGUCCAUGGACUUCACCCUAACAUGAAACCUCACAGGAGGACUGAGUGAUCCAAGUGAGAAGAAAACCUUUUUUGGUGUUCUUUGAAAUGCUCCAUCACAGGAAGAUUAAAGUUUCUUGCAGAGGAGGCCAAUAAUUAUCAUAUCACAGAACCCUGGGAGUGAUGGGGAUGCUCAUCAUCUAUGGAGUUGCUGCUUGCGUUUGAUGCUGUAUUUAGGAGCUGUACAAGUAUAGUAUCGGUUAUCAAUUUUGUUUUCAUGGAAUCAAUUACAGAACCGAAAAUGUAAUAAUCAUUGUUGUACAUUGGGUGGCUUGAAUAAUUUUGUGGUUAAAUUAAGAUAAAUGAGCAAAUUAAUUACUUCUUGAAA